UCCUCCUACCCAAGCAUUCGCGGACCGUCACAAUGCAGCAAAAUCGAAGCGCUCCAACAAAGUGGCCCCUCCAUACCCCGCACCCCCCAGGGCUCUCUGAUUGCUCGGCUGCUUUGACGUCCCGGCUACUUGGCUGAUUCUGGGAGCGCGGAUGCGUGGUCUGCCUUGCACACAGGCUGGGCACCGUAACUUCUUCCCUGCCGAAUUUCAGCGCGUGGGGGUGGGGAGGGGCAGCUGGCAGGGACACAGGCUGCAGAGACGCCCGUGGCUCCGGGCACCGCGCGCCUCGGUCUGCAUUGGGCUGACACCCAUACAGCGUGGGGAUUUUCCUAGUUGCCCGAGAUACGAUUUGACGUUGCCGUAGUUUUGUUGCUUACUCCUCUUGGGAUCUGCAGUGGUGCGAUUCCUCCCUGUGGCUUUUUUUGGGUUUUGUUUUGUUUUUGUUUUCGUUUUCUUCUCUUUGAAAACAAUGCUGUGCUCGGCAGAAAUGGAUACAGGAAGAGCGGCGUAGUUCAAGGAUUAAGGGAGGAGGCAUCUUCUCUCUUUUUCCUGGGAUUUAAACGCGGUUUUAGAAGGGUAGAUGCCCUACCCGAAAAGGCCAGCCUGCAAACACCCCAGCGGUGUUGUGGUCCAAGUCGUCUCAAAGCAGGUGGCCCGAUCUGCGUCCCUCAUCAGCGGACUGGCUCCGGCUGUGGCUAUUACGAAUCUGUACCAGAACAGGUUUUUAGGCCUGGCCGCCAUGGCGUCUCCAUCUCGAAAUUCCCAGAGCCGGCGCCGAUGCAAGGAGCCACUCCGCUACAGCUACAAUCCUGACCAGUUCCACAACAUGGACAUCAGGGGUGGCCCUCAUGAUGGCAUCACUAUUCCCCGCUCCACCAGUGACACAGAUCUGGUCACCUCGGACAGCCGCUCCACGCUCAUGGUCAGCAGCUCCUACUAUUCCAUAGGGCACUCGCAGGACCUGGUGAUCCACUGGGACAUCAAGGAGGAGGUGGACGCAGGGGACUGGAUUGGCAUGUACCUCAUCGAUGAAGUCUUGUCUGAAAACUUUCUGGACUAUAAGAACCGUGGAGUCAAUGGUUCCCAUCGGGGACAGAUCAUCUGGAAGAUCGAUGCCAGCUCUUACUUUGUGGAACCUGAAACUAAGAUCUGCUUCAAAUACUACCAUGGAGUGAGCGGAGCCCUGCGAGCCACCACCCCCAGUGUCACUGUCAAAAACUCAGCGGCUCCUAUUUUUAAAAGCAUUGGCUCUGAUGAGACGGCCCAAGGGCAAGGAAGUCGAAGACUGAUCAGCUUUUCUCUCUCAGAUUUCCAGGCCAUGGGGUUGAAGAAAGGGAUGUUUUUCAACCCAGACCCAUAUCUGAAGAUUUCCAUCCAGCCCGGGAAACAUAGCAUCUUCCCCGCGCUCCCUCACCAUGGGCAAGAGAGGAGAUCCAAGAUCAUAGGCAACACGGUGAACCCCAUCUGGCAGGCUGAGCAAUUCAGCUUUGUGUCCUUGCCCACUGACGUGCUGGAAAUUGAGGUAAAGGACAAGUUUGCCAAGAGUCGCCCUAUCAUCAAGCGCUUCUUGGGAAAGCUGUCGAUGCCUGUCCAGAGACUCCUGGAGAGACAUGCCAUAGGGGAUAGGGUGGUCAGCUACACACUUGGCCGAAGGCUUCCAACAGAUCAUGUGAGUGGACAGCUGCAAUUCCGAUUUGAGAUCACUUCCUCCAUCCACCCAGCAGAUGAUGAAGAGAUUUCACUAAGCACUGAGCCUGAGUCUGCAGAAACUCAGGGCAGCCUCAUGAACAGCCUGGUGGGAAGCAGCCAUGGGGAGCCUGCAGAAGAUGCUCUCAAUCCCAGCGAGAGGAUGAAGACACAGCCCCUGAGCGAGGCCAGCGCCAUGGAUGGUGCAGGAAGCCAGGUCUUGGAGCCUGCAGGGAUAAUGGAGGAUGGGUCCUGCACUAUGGAAACAGACAACCACGGCAAGGCUUUUGAGGAACCCGAGGGGCCUGGGGAGCCACAAGACACCCAGCCAGCCCUGAGUGCGGAAGAACUGGCCGAGGGGCUCGGCCUGGAUGAGGAAGCACCACCAUCGCUGCUGCUGGAGGUCGGUGAUGCUCCCGCGGAGUCUAGACAGGAGGAAGCGGCGCCCGGGAGUAGGGCAGGAGGGGAAGAGGAAGCAAUGGUGGCGGAAAAGCAAGAGCAGGCGAUGGAGGAGGUGGAGGUGGAAGAGGGCGAGCCUUCCAACCCAGAGCAGGACCAGCACGCGCUGCAGCUGCGGGCCUCGGCCAAGAGGAGGAGCCGCCCGUGCUCGCUGCCGGUGUCCGAGCUGGAGACGGUGAUCGCGGCGGCCUGCGCGGACCCCGAGACGCCGCGCACGCACUACAUCCGCAUCCACGCGCUGCUGCACAGCCUGCCUUGCGCACGCGAGGAGGGCGGCGCGGAGGAGGAGCUCACGCUGCGCGACGCCUCGGACAAGGACGCGCUCAGCGAGGCCGACACGCUGGCCGCCGAGCCCUUGGCGCUGGAUGAGGACGCCGCUGAGCCCCAGGGUGGCCCUCCAGGCGCGGCGAUCCCCGGUCACCCCGGUGGUCACCUCCCUGGCCCCGAGGGCGACGCGCACCCUAGCACGGGCAGCGAGAGCGACUCCAGUCCGCGGCCGGGUGGUGAGCACAGCUGCGAGGGCUGCGACGCGUCGUGCUGCAGCCCCUCGUGCCACAGCUCCUCGUGCUACAGCGCGUCGUGCUACAGCUCCUCCUGCUACAGCGCCUCCUGCCACAGCCCCUCCUGCUACAACGGCGGCAGCCGCUUCACCAGCCACACGCGCUUCUCCUCGGUGGACAGCGCCAAGGUCUCGGAGAGCACCGUCUUCUCCUCUCAGGACGACGACGACGAGGAGAACAGCGCCUUCGAGUCGGUGCCAGACUCUGUGCAGAGCCCCGAGCUGGACCCCGAGGCCACCAGUGGCGCGGGGCUGUGGCAGGACGAGCUGGCCGGGCCCGGAGGGACGGUGGCGAGAACUGCAGAAGGUCUGGAGUCCCCCAUGGCAGGUCCGAGCCAUCGGAGAGAAGGUGAAUAUCCUAUCCUCCAUAAUUCCCAGCCAGUAAGCCAGCUUCCUUCCCUGAGGCCUGAACACCACCACUACCCAACAAUCGAUGAGCCUCUUCCACCAAACUGGGAAGCUCGGAUUGACAGCCAUGGGCGGGUCUUUUAUGUGGACCAUGUGAACCGCACCACCACCUGGCAGCGCCCGACAGCGGCAGCCACCCCGGACGGGAUGCGUAGAUCCGGCUCAGUCCAGCAGAUGGAGCAGCUCAACAGGCGGUAUCAAAAUAUUCAGCGAACCAUCGCAACAGAGAGGCCCGAGGAAGAUUCUGGCAGCCAAAACUGUGAGCAAGUCCCAGCCGGCGGAGGUGGAGGCGGAGGGAGUGACUCGGAGGCUGAAUCUUUCCAGUCAAAUCUAGAUCUAAGGAGGGAAGGCUCACUUUCUCCAGUGAAUUCACAGAAAAUCACCUUGCUGUUGCAGUCGCCUGCCGUCAAGUUCAUCACCAACCCUGAGUUCUUCACCGUGCUGCACGCCAAUUACAGUGCCUACCGAGUCUUCACCAGUAGCACCUGCUUAAAGCACAUGAUUCUGAAAGUCCGUCGAGAUGCACGCAAUUUUGAACGCUACCAGCAUAACCGUGACUUGGUGAAUUUCAUCAACAUGUUUGCAGACACUCGACUGGAGCUGCCCCGGGGGUGGGAGAUCAAGACGGACCAACAGGGAAAGUCAUUUUUUGUGGAUCACAACAGUCGAGCCACUACGUUCAUUGACCCUCGCAUCCCCCUCCAGAAUGGCCGCCUUCCCAACCAUCUGACUCACCGCCAGCACCUCCAGAGGCUGAGGAGUUACAGCGCUGGUGAGGCCUCGGAAGUUUCUAGAAACAGAGGAGCCUCUUUACUGGCCAGGCCAGGGCACAGCCUGGUAGCUGCAAUUCGAAGCCAACAUCAGCAUGAGUCAUUGCCUCUAGCAUACAAUGACAAGAUCGUGGCAUUUCUUCGCCAGCCAAACAUUUUUGAAAUGUUGCAGGAGCGGCAGCCAAGCUUGGCAAGAAACCACGCACUCAGGGAGAAAAUCCAUUACAUUCGGACCGAGGGUAAUCAUGGGCUUGAGAAGUUGUCCUGCGAUGCAGAUCUAGUCAUUCUGCUGAGUCUUUUUGAAGAAGAGAUCAUGUCCUACGUCCCCCUGCAGGCUUCCUUCCACCCUGGGUACAGCUUCUCUCCCCGCUGCUCACCCUGCUCCUCACCUCAGAACUCCCCAGGUUUACAGAGAGCCAGCGCAAGAGCCCCUUCACCGUACCGCAGAGACUUUGAGGCCAAGCUCCGCAACUUCUACCGAAAACUAGAAGCCAAAGGAUUUGGGCAGGGUCCAGGGAAAAUUAAGCUCAUCAUUCGCCGGGACCACUUGUUGGAAGGAACCUUUAACCAGGUGAUGGCCUAUUCCCGCAAGGAGCUCCAGAGGAAUAAGCUCUACGUCACCUUUGUUGGAGAGGAGGGCCUGGACUACAGUGGUCCUUCUCGAGAGUUCUUCUUCCUUUUGUCUCAGGAGCUCUUCAAUCCUUACUACGGACUCUUCGAGUACUCUGCGAAUGACACUUACACGGUGCAGAUCAGCCCAAUGUCAGCGUUUGUAGAAAACCAUCUCGAAUGGUUCAGGUUUAGCGGUCGUAUCCUCGGCCUGGCCCUGAUCCAUCAGUACCUUCUGGAUGCUUUCUUCACGAGGCCCUUCUACAAGGCUCUCCUGAGGCUGCCCUGUGACCUGAGUGACCUGGAGUAUCUGGAUGAGGAAUUCCACCAGAGCUUGCAAUGGAUGAAGGACAACAACAUCACAGAUAUCCUUGACCUCACUUUCACUGUUAAUGAAGAAGUUUUCGGACAGGUAACGGAAAGGGAGUUGAAGUCUGGUGGAGCCAACACCCAGGUGACGGAGAAGAACAAGAAGGAGUACAUCGAGAGGAUGGUGAAGUGGCGGGUGGAGCGUGGCGUGGUGCAGCAGACCGAGGCGCUGGUGCGGGGCUUCUAUGAGGUCGUGGACUCCAGGCUGGUCUCGGUGUUCGAUGCCAGGGAGCUGGAGCUAGUGAUCGCUGGUACCGCAGAGAUUGACCUCAAUGACUGGCGGAAUAAUACCGAGUACCGCGGAGGCUAUCACGAUGGGCACCUGGUGAUCCGCUGGUUCUGGGCCGCAGUGGAACGCUUCAAUAAUGAGCAGAGGCUGAGACUGCUGCAGUUCGUCACAGGAACUUCGAGCGUGCCCUACGAAGGCUUCGCAGCUCUCCGAGGAAGCAAUGGGCUUCGGCGUUUCUGCAUUGAGAAAUGGGGGAAAAUCACAUCUCUCCCCAGGGCACACACAUGCUUCAACCGAUUGGACCUUCCACCGUAUCCGUCCUACUCCAUGUUGUAUGAAAAGCUCUUGACAGCGGUCGAAGAAACCAGCACCUUUGGACUGGAGUGAGGAAAUGGAGCCUCCUCCCCUUGACAUUGUCCUGGCCAAUGACAUCACCCCUUCUGGGAUGACCCCUUUCCUAGUCCCUUCAUCAACUCUCCUUUGAUUUUGGUAUUCCAUUCUUUUUAUGUUCAAACCAAAUCAGGAUUGACAAAAGCUGUGCAUGAAGAACUGCCUUCUUCUCAGAUCUAACCUUCAGGCUUCUCUCCUCUGUCUUCAAUGAACUGCUAGCCUGUAUGCAAUAUUAAAAAAAAACAAACAGCUGUCUCAAGGUCUGUGUAUAUCUCCACAUACCUCCAUUACUAACAAUGAAAUAGGAAUGCAAGUUAUGCUACACUUGACCAAAUGGUAAUAAAUGUUUACUUCCAUCUCUAUCGUUUAAGGGAAAAUUUAAGCUUUUGCAUUCCAAGCUUUUAUACACCCAUGUCUUCUGAGCAAAGCUACCAUUUUUUUUAAUCAUUUCUAACAAUCAACUCCAGACUUAGGAGCUGAUCGCCUCUUUGUUUUCCUCCCACACUGCUUUUCCCCAUGUGUCCUACCAUCCAAAGGACAGCAAGUGGCAACACUGAAAUUUUAUACAUUCAACUCAUGAUUCAUAGGUGGCAUCGGUCCCAUCGGCCGGAACUAGCUCAGACAAAUGGUGCAAAUAUGAUACGUCCAAUAAUUAACAACAUCAAGAUAAACACACCCUGCCGAUGUAAUGCAGUGCAUCCCAAUUAUUGCUGGGCUCAACUUGAAUUCAGAGAAGUCGAGAGGUGGGGGAGCACCUCCAGUAAGCACCACUCAAGAAGCUCAAACUUGUGCAUAUGUUUACGAAAGAAAUCUUCCUUGAAGUAGGCUGAAAGAUGAGGCCUCAACUCCCUUGCAUUGUAUAAAAUGUGCUAAAACAAACAGGAGAAAGGAGAGAAGGACUUAGUACAUUGAUUUGAAUACCUGGGUUCUGUACUGCUCUGUUCGAUGUAGGUACACUUCUUCACAACAGGAAAAAAAUAUAUAGAUAUUUCAUGACUUUUGUUUGUUAAAGCCACAUUUAUUAUUCAGCAGGUGAAUCUUGCUGUUUCUUUAUGCUGAUUUUUUUAUUCAUUGUUUUGUUUUUUAAAUCAUGGUGGUCAAGUUCCUCCACGUCUGGUCAUCCACAGAGACCACACUAAGAAGCUGCAGAGAGUGACGGUGCUUGUUAGGAUCAAGGGCAAUCUGUACUUCUCCAUCCAUAGCAAUCCUCCAAAGGCACGUUGGUUUGUGUCAAAAUAAAUAUCCAGUUUCUUUUAGCAUUCAGUAAAAAGAUAUCUUUAAAAAAAACUUUUGUGUUUUCAGAAAAAACAGUUGCAGGCUCGAAAGACUUCACCUCUUGAUUACAUUUGAAGAUCAACCCAACCACAAUGGUCAUUUGCUAUUUUUGUAACCCUGUUACCCCAUGUUGUCUGAAAUGUGUCAAAAAUGAAAGUGUUUUUCUUCACUGGGAAAAGAAAAGUUAAAGAGACCUGAUUCUGUAAAUGUCACAUUAUUUUCAAAGUCUUAAAAGAGGCAGAAAUGGGAAAACUGUAAGACAAAUUUAAUUUCAGAUAAAGCUAUGCCUUUUGGCUCACUAUGCCAGCUUGUGUAUGAACAGGGUGUUACUUGUGUUUCUUGUAAUCUGAAAGAAAAUAAACUCUGAAGUAGAAUAAAACUCAAAACAAAAUAGGAAUUAGUUACAAUGCCCAGCACCAUUUCCUGAUGUUUUUAGAUUCUCAUUCAGGGAGUGUACAUUAUAGAAAUUUAGCCUGUAUUUAAUAGUGCCUAAAAAGAAUAUUUACCAAGAUGGGAUGGAAUGUGUAAGUCCUAUGACUCAGAAUUUGAGGGAUGUGUAAAAUUCAGCGCACGUUUCGAUACCUGAAAAGUAGUGGCUUCCAGUACAGCUGUUAUAUGUGAGAUGCAAAUGUUAGGGUUAUGUAAAUCAUUUUAUCAUGUCCUUAUGCUCUUUGCACAGCAUCCUAAAUAUGGAGGGGCAUCUUUGAUCUUUGGAGUUUAGUAUCAUAUAAUCAUUAAUCCAAACAUCAACUCUUUUUUCAGACUUGUUGUUGUUGUUGUUGUUGUCACUGGGGACUGAUCCCAGAACCUUCACACUGAACUACAUACAUUACCAUUUUUUUAUUUCUUCCCUCAGUACUAGAUAUAUAAUCCAGGGCCUUUGCACUGAGCUGCAUUGUCAGCCUUUUUUUCUUUUUCUAAUUUUGAGACACAGUCUCAUUAAAUCACUAAGUUGCCUGGGCUGGAAUCAAACCUGUGAUCCUCCGAUCUCAAGCAUCCCAGAGUACUGAGAUUACAGACAUACACCAUCAAACCCACUUAUGUUUUAGUACUUCUGUUAUUUGUCAAGCAUUGGAAAGGAAGAAAAGCGCUCAAAAGAUAGAAUCUGUUCCUGGAGCGUUUUACAAUUUCAUAAAUACCUACCUAAUCUACUAAAUAUAUUAGUUAAUAAUACCAUAUAUGAAAAGAACAAGUUAUCAUAAACAUUAUACAUAAAUAUGUACCUUGGGUGUCAGUGAUUUUUCAACUAACUUUUCCUUAUGUACCACCUGUACCACAGAUGCCUUGCCCGAGAUGUAGCUCACCAAGUGUAACUCGGAACAGCAUUUCAUAAAUGUGCAAAAUGCUGUAAGAGAUACUAAUGUCAAAGUCACCCGAGAAAAUGUGAAGUUCACUUAACUGGGUGGGAGCACUGCAUGCGAGCGUAUCUUAGAGGAAGAAAAUCAAGGUGUAGCAAAGCUCAGUAACCAGUCCCUCGCAGGAUCCUUUUACCUCACACCUAAAUCUGAUUGUAAAUCAUAUGUAAUUUUCUCCUAUGUAUGAAGAAAUAGCUGUUAAGUUAAAUGUUCCCAUGAAUUGCAACAGGGGGAGUCAUAACCCACCUCAAGUAAUGUAAUUUAAAGGAUAAGGCAGAUCUAGUUGUUAAAUAUAUGUUUGGGUUUUUUUUUUAUUUAAAGCACGAAUUCUUCCUGAGGAGGAAAACUGCAAAAUUAAUCACUUGUAAGUCACAACCCUCUAAAACCAAAUUAUGUUUUAGCAAGAGUUUUAGUAAAAGUGUAAGACAUUAUGGAGAGACAACAAGAAUGGUAAGAGAAAUUUUAUGUUACAAUUUGGAAAAAAAUGCUUUAAGGUAUUAUAAUAAUUUCAUGGGCACCACAAACAUUUUAUUCCCAAAUAUGAAAAGAAUUAUUCCAAAAUAAAAACCAACUGCGCAGGGUUGGAAGAAGCAUUAUAGAUCUACUGAAUUCUUUGUGACUUCCUUUGUAUACAAACAGGCAGAAGAUGUGAAAAAUUUUUACCACCAUCACUUUGUACCACAAAAAGUUGAGAGGAAAGAAGAAAAUUAAGAAAAAGAGAUAUAUGUUUUGGGGGCAGGCUUUCAAUAUGCAAUAUUUAAAUAUCUUUCCUUUUAAUACACGACCAUGUGUCCUUUAACUGUGGGAAUACUUGCGUGGCAAGCUACUCAACUCGAUUUUUUCAGGACAGUUCUAAUGUACCAGUCAGAUUGUCAGUCCAUGUGUCACACCAUGUGCAUGAAAUUUGUGUUCAGAACACUUCUCAAAGACCACAGAUGUUUUCCCAGUCGAGAUGAAAACACUUUCAAAUGAAAGUAGUUAGAACUUUACAUAACAAAUGUGGUGCUUUAUUAUUAUUAUUAUGUAUUUCAGUGUUCAUGAUUAAAACUACUGCAAUACUAUAUCAUAAAAAUCUGGGAUGGAUGUUCCCAGCAUCCCAAGGUUCAAAAGAGAAAGUGUUAUUUUCCUGUUAGUGACAUGUAGUCCUUUUGUUCUAGUAGAAAAAAGAAAAAAAAAAGGUGCCUAGAGGUAGUAUAUAGAGUAAAUAUUGUUCAAUUAGCCUACUUCCUGCAGCUUCAAGUUUAUCUAAGGAAACGUCUAUAACGAUUUUGUUAAAAAGUCUUUGUUGUAGUCAUAGCAGGAGAAGUCCACAUCACUGGGCUGAUUUUGCUUACAUCGACAAGAAAAAUGUCACGUGAUACUCAGGCCGCGCUUUCUCUUCUAUCCUACCACCUUCAAGGAAUGUCAAUAAACUCACUUUGGUAUGGCA